AUGAGUAAAGUUAUAGAAAACUAUGUCUUAAAAGAGGUUAUAGGAAGUGGAUAGUAUGGAAAAGUUUUUAAAUCUACCCAUUAAAAGACAGGAUAAGUCUUUGCAGUAAAAGUUAUAAAGUUAGAGAAAUUCAAAAGCGUACCAAAGCUCCAUGAGUUUACCAAUAAUGAAAUUCAAACACUAACAAAACUCAAUAAUCCUAACGUUAUCACCUUCAUAGAAAUGCUUCGUACUUCUAACAAUGUAUACCUUGUUUAUGAAUUUUGUAAUGGUGGAACAUUAGAAGAUAUUAUCAAAAAGAAAAAGUUUUUGAAUGAAAAAGAAGCUCUAGUUAUUUUUUAACAGAUAUUAAAUGCGUUUAAGUCACUUUUUAAAGAAAAUAUUCUUCAUAGAGACUUAAAGCCCUCAAAUAUAUUGCUUCAUGAUGGAAUUAUUAAAGUUGCUGACUUUGGUUUUUGCAAAACCCUACUCUCUCCUUAGGAUUUAACUUAAACUAUGGUUGGCUCUCCUAUUUACAUGGCUCCUGAAAUCCUUAAAGGAAAUAAUUACAAUAUUAAGGCAGAUAUAUGGUCUAUGGGUGUUGUGUUGUUUGAAAUGCUAUUUGGAUUUUGUCCUUAUGAAGAUAAAACUAUUGCCCGUCUUAUUGGGUAAAUUGAUACUAAAUUGCUUUAAAUACCUAAGAGCAUAAAUCCUAUAUCCUCUAAAGUUGAAGAAUUACUUUAUAAAAUGUUAACGGUCGAUCCUGCUAAGCGUAUUGAAUGGAAUACAUUGCUUAACUAUCCUUUAUUUGAAAAAUCGCCUAUCCUAAACCAACCUUCAUUGAAUAUUUAGACUUAGCAACCCCAGUUGCAACAACAACAAUCAGUUAAUAGUCCAUUGAUCGCUAAUUAAAAUCUUUAAAACUUUGGUAAUAAGCCUUUUACAGCUGCAAACACCAUUGGAAUACAGCAAGGAUAGUAACCUUAACAGUAGCAACAGCAACAGUAAUUAAUACAAAAUAAUGCUAAUGCAAAGAAAAAAAAUGAUGUUUUGGAUUAAAUAUAAGCAUCUAAGUUUUAGUAAGUUAAAAAUUUUGUGAACAUUCGUAACAAAAUCCUUUAUCAAGUGAAGGCUCUCAAUAAUAUUUUAGAGAUAAAUGUUGAGGAACAAGCUCCAAUUCUCAGUUUUAUGCUGAUGAAGAAUGUUUCAAACUAGACGGAAAACUUGAGAUCUUAGAUUAGCUAGUACUGCAUUUAAGAAUAAGAAAAUCAAUAAGUUUAGUAGUUCUCAUAGAUAGUUUCAAAAGAAAUAGAUUUUGUUUAAAAUUGCUUAGAUUCAUUUAAAGAAGAAAUAGACAAGCUUAUUCAGUAUAAUAUUUACUUCUCUAGCAAUAUAAAUUUGAAAAAAGAAUAGACAUCUAUUGGUGUUGACUAUGAAUAUUUUAAGCUUUGCUUAAUUAAAUACAUAGAAGCUAUUAAAAAUAAGUAUGGAUUGAAUGAUUUAUCUUAAAUUUCUACAAGUACCUCUCUCCUGAAAUAUGCAUAACACCUAAAUGAAAUUCUUAAUUGCUUUUUAAUUGAUGAUUAUUUUGAGAACUAACUUGACCCUAAGUAUAAUGAUCUUGAUAAUUAAAGCAAAACUUCAGAUAUGACCUCUAUAACUCCUAUAAUUUAAUAUAAAAUUGAUUUAGCUAAAUCCAAACCAAAGCCUAGUGAUAAAUUUUAUCUUUACGGAUGA